AUGACGGAAGAAAUUAAAGAUUCUACUGAUGAAAAAGAGCAAUCACAACCUGUUAUAUCAAUUAGUAGAGAAGCGAUGGAAAAAGCGAUAGCUGCUUUCCCACAAAGUAAACUUAACAGAACAACUACAAAUGCACCUUUCCUCGGGAUUCCACAACGCAAUGCACGAUCAGAUUCAGAUAUCAGUGUAUCGGUUGUAGAAAAACUACGUACACUUCAUACAAAAUUUACAGAACGUACAGAAUUGAUAAAAGCCAAAGAAAUUGAGAAAGUCGAAAUUAGUGAAAAUGAAUCUGAUGAAAACGAAACUUGUACAGAUCCAACAAAAUCCGAUGAAAAUGAACUUCAAUUAGGUGGAGAAUUUAAAACAACAGAAAUUCAAAAAGAAAAAUCAAUUGGAUGGUGGAAAAGAUAUCCUAAUCGAAAAUUAAUAAUACGUCAACCUCUUUGUUUAACGUGUUUACCAUCAAGCAGAAAAUAUUUUAUAUCAAAACCUAAUUUGCCAUGUUUCAGUAUACAAAAUCCAGAGGAUAAUGAGAAGCAACAACAAGAAGAAGUUAAAGUGAUUAAAGCAUCAGAACAAGAAACAGAACAGCGAUUCUAA